AUGUAUGCAUCGAAUAUAAGUAAUGUAAAACGUUUAGCCAUCGAUUAUGGCCAUAUCACUAUGAAAACAUCCAAUCCGAUCUAUCAAGUUGAGAAUCGUUGGCCUUGGUUAGUGCUAGGAUCGGAGAUGGUCAAAUCGUAUCGUAGCACGGGUUUCGAGGGUGAUAGUGUGUCAACCUCCGAAUUUCUCGAUACAUAUAACGAAUUCAUACAGAAUGCAUCUGGAUUAACCGGUGUUGGUUAUGGAGAAUCGUUCAAGAAAUUAUGCGUAAAAGGAAAACGUCGUCAUCCAGGUCGGCAAUGUUCUCUUCCGAAUUCAUUAAAAAAUGAACCAUAUGAAAUACGGCAGUAA